AUGAGCAAAAAAAAAGAAACAAUACCUAAUGAUAUUCCAGAAGAUAUUCGAGAACUUCGAGUUAUUAGUGAUGAUAACAAGUUGUUAGGUACUGAAAAUCUCUCUGAACCUCAAAAUAGUAGAAAAAUGAACGAAAUGGUUUAUGAAGUUUCACAGUCAAUGGAAUUUAAUGUUGAUGAGUUUGACAAUAUAUCAGAACAAAAUCCCCAAGAACAGUCCUCUACUCAAUCCCAAAUCCAAAUCCCACCCAAAUAA